UUUCCACCAGCUGAGAAGGAGCUUCCAGCAUGGUCCGGGCCCUUCUUUUUGCCACCUUUGUGCUGCUUUGCCUAGAUCUGAGCCUGGCAGGUAAGUCUCAUUCCAGUGUAACCGUUUACAUUGAAUUGCAUUUGCCAUUUUAGUCCUCAGUUUGGAGAGGUCCUGUGAGAGCUCUUCACAGUCUCUUUUUGUUUUGAACUAUAAUAAUAAUAAUAAAAGGGACACGGGUGGAGCUGUGGGUUAAACCACAGAGCCUAGGGCUUUCUGAUCAGAAGGUUGGUGGUUCGAAUCCCCGCAACGGGGUGAGCUUCCUGUUGUGGAAGCGGACAUACGCCAGCUCCCUUGGCUGGUAAAGCGAGAUGAGCACCGCAACCCCAGAGUCAUCUGCGACUGGACCUAAUGGUUAGGAGUCCCUUUACCUUUACCUAUAAUAAUAAUAAUUUUAUUAUUUAUACCCCACUCAUCUGGCAGGUUUUCCCCAGCCACUCUGGGCGGCUAAGCAUUUCCACGUCCAAAACAUUUCUACGUGGGUUUGUGAUUUUCCUCAUGGAAAUUCAUAGAAUAGAAUGGUCAUGUCAGAAGGGACCAUGGGGGUCAUCUAGCCCAACCCCCUGCAAUGCAGGAUUUUUUUGCCCAACGUGGGCCUCAAACCCAGAACCCUGGAAUUUAGAAUCACAUGCUCUACAAACUGAGCUAUCCCUUCAGUCAUCAUCGCUAAAAUUUGCCAGCAUUUUAGUGUGCAUUUCUUUAAAUAUUGUUGUUGCUUAGUCAUUUAGUCGUGUCCUACUCUUCGUGACCCCAUGGAGCAGAGCACGCCAGGCACUUCUGUCCUCCACUGCCUCCCGCAGUUUGAUCAAACUCAUGCUGGUAGCUUCGAGAACACUGUCCCACCAUCUCGUCCUCUGUCAUCCCCUUCUCCUUGUGCCCUCCAUCUUUCCCAACAUCAGGGUCUUUCCAGGAUUCUUCUCUUCUCAUGAGGUGGCCAAAGUAUUGGAGUCUCAGCUUCACGAUCUGUCCUUCCAGUGAGCACUCAGGGCUGAUUUCCUUCAGAAUGGAGAGUUUUGAUCUUCUUGCAGUCCAUGGGACUCUCAAGAGUCUCCUCCAGCACCAUAAUUCAAAAGCAUCAAUUCUUCGGUGAUCAGCCUUCUUUCUGGUCCAGCUCUCACUUCCAUACAUCACUACUGAGAAAACCACAGAUUUAACUAUACAGACCUUUGUUGGCAAGGCAAUUUUGGCCAAUAUAGGCAUUUUUGCAAAUCAAGUUUCCCGGUUAUAAUGCAUUUUAUAUGUUGUUUUUCACUUAAUAUUUAAGUGCAAACCGAACCAAAUAUCUCAACACACACUAGAUGCAGACAACUUCAAUUUUGCCAACAUAUCUUCUCAACAGGAACUGCCUUCUCGACAGAUCUAGCUGUAGGAUAUUGUUACAUGCACACUUCCCUUCUUCAAGUGUGACCCUAAAAUUCUGCCAGAUCUUCGUCUCAGCUUUUCCACCUAGAGACAAACUUUGCUAAGUCAGGACUGCUGGUAUUUCACCCAGAAGGAGCACGUUCCAUAGUGAAAAUAAACAUGCAAAAAAGUGCAUUAUACAUGGGGAAGCGGCUUACCAAAAAAUGUAUACACAUACAGUAUUAAGAUAAAUAAGCACCAAAACGAUAAUGGGGGGGGGGGAUUGCCAACAGAUGUGGUAAUGCGGAAAAUAGAACUUAAGGUUGGAAAAAUGAGAGCUGGAGAGAAACCAACAUUGACAGAUUUGCCCAAUGUGUGAAAUGGCUUCAUGUUAGGUAAAGGUAAAGGACCCCUGGACGGUUAAGUCCAGUCAAAGGCGACUGUGGGGUUGCGGUGCUCAUCUCGCUUUCCGGCGUUUGUCCAUAGACAGCUUUCCAGGUCAUGUGGCCAGCAGGACUAAACCGCUUCUGGUGCAACGGGACAGUGUGACGAGUGCCAGAGCACUCACGGAAACGCUGUUUACCUUCCUGCCACAGCGGUACCUAUUUAUCUACUCGCACUGGCGUGCUUUCAAACUGCUAGGUUGGCAGGAGCUGGGAAAGAGCAACGGGAGCUUACCCCGUCGUGGGGAUUCGAACCGCCAACCUUCCAAUCGGCAAGCCCAAGAGGCUCAGUGGUUUAGACCACAGUGCCACCCGCGUCCCCACAUUAAACCCAAACGACAGGGUAUCUCACCUGCACUGCUUCCUGUGACAGAGCGCACCAGAUGCUACAGCUGUCUCAUGAACUACCCUGGAUCCGGGUGCGUAACUGGAGGAAGGGCAUGUUCGGCUGACCUAGACAGAGGACAGAAUUGUAUAACGCUCCAUUUUUUCCACGGUAAGUCGUGGUCCCGUGACCACACGUUCUUUCUUCUGAAUGGGCAUUUUGUUCAUUUGUUGCCCCGUCACGAGGCAACUGUCUCGCUUUGCCAAAUGGUAGAGCCAGCUGUGGAGCAGGUUAGAUAGAUAAGAUAAAGAUUUAUUCAUAUUAGCCAAUGGCCAUAGCAACAGUAAAACAUUACAGUAUAUGCAGAAGAGGAAAUUUGAUAUAAGAGCACUGAAUCAUUGAUAUAAGUCCUGAAUCAGCCGUCAGUUAGUGGCCCUUAUUCUGAUUGCCCCUGCUAUGAACCUAGCAACCUUCAAGUACCUCAGAUGGCAAAACAUCCAGUCUUGCAAGUGUAAAAGCACGCCUGUAUUUUGGGAUAAUACGUUUGUGCAGAUAUGGGGCCAGAGAAUCAAAAUGGAGAGGUGGAAAAUGAACAUACCAAGGGCAGAAUUUCCUUAUAGUGGUCUGGAGCAGGUUUGAAAGUGUCCCGAGUAAUGUGCCCCCCUCCCUGAGCCCUAAUAACUCUCACCCACGCUCCAUCCCCCACAUACCCCUCCCCCACUCGCCAGUCCCCCUUGGUAGAACCAGAGUUCAAUGCAGAAGUCUCGGCCGAAGCAUCCAUGACGGAUGGCCACCCAACCUCUGCUUAAAAACCUCCCAGGAAGGAGAGUCCACAGGAGACCAUUCCAUCUCCAGAAUGGAGACUAGAAGCAUCAGUCCCAAAUCUAAACUCCGUAUUUUAGUACCACCGCCCGGAUAAGCCAUCCAUAUACAGUGGUACCUUGGGUUAAGUACUUAAUUCGUUCUGGAGGUCCGUUCUUAACCUUAAACUGUUCUUAACCUGAAGCACCACUUUAGCUAAUGGGGCCUCCUGCUGCUGCCGCGCUGCCAGAGCACAAUUGCUGUUCUCAUCCUGAAGCAAAAUUCUUAACCUGAGGUAAUAUUCCUGGGUUAGCGGAGUCUGUAACCUGAAGCGUACGUAACCUGAGGUACCACUGUACAUGCAAGGAUAGCUCACCACUAGCCUCGCGUUUUAUUACCUUUUUGCAGGAGAACAAGAGCUGCUGCGUGUCCAAGGUUGCACCAGGCCUGGUAUCGAUGUCUGUGGCACAGAACAGAAAAGCGGUGACUAUACCAUCAAAUUUGAGUGCUGCAUGGAACCGGAGAUGUGCAACAGGGUUUUCUGGGAAAGCGGUACAGAUUAUCCCGAGGAUAUGGAUUCGUUGUGAUCAGUCUCCAAAGCAGUCAGAGAAGGACCUGUGGGUCGUGCUGCUUUCCUGACACACCAUCAUGUGCGUGCACACACUGGCGUACUCCCCUCCCCCCCUUCACUUAAGCUUCCCUCUUGUAUGAUUAGGGAUGGGAGAGAAAAACGUAUUUUAAUGCAAACUCACCUCUCACUCAUGGAAACCCCAACCUAGCUAUCCUUCAAAACGCACACUUCUACAAAAUUUCUCAAUGCUGUUCCCCCCCCCCCAAAAAAGCGUACCAAAAGAAUGUACCAUAUUUUUUGCUCACUUUUUCCCUCCUAAAAAGUAAGGGGAAAUGUGUGUGCAUCUUAUGGAGUGAAUGGAGGCUGUGCAGCUAUCACAGAAGCCAGAACAGCAAGAGGGAUUUCUGCUUUCACUGCGCAGCGAUCCAUCUUGCUGUUCUGGCUUCUGAAAUUCAGAAUAUUUUUUUCCUUGUUUUCCUCCUCCAAAAACUAGGUACGUCUUGUGGUCUGGUGCGUCUUAUAGAGCGAAAAAUACGGUAAAUUAGGGGAAAGUGUUUUAAAAAGCACCCUUAUUUUCAUGGAACUAACACCAAAAAUGCAGAAUUCAUCAUGCGAAAGGCUGGGCUGGAUGAAUCCCUAGCUGGAAUUAAGAUUGCCGGAAGAAAUAUCAACAACCUCAGAUAUGCAGAUGACACAACCUUGAUGGCAGAAAGUGAGGAGGAAUUAAAGAACCUUUGAAUGAGGGUGACAAAGGAGAGCGCAAAAUCUGGUCUGAAGAUCAACAUCAAAAACGAAGAUCAUGGCCACUGGUCCCAUCACCUCCUGGCAAAUAGAAGGGGAAGAAAUGGAGGCAGUGAGAGAUUUUACUUUCUUGGGCUCCAUGAUCACUGCAGAUGGUGACAGCAGCCACGAAAUUAAAAGACGCCUGCUUCUUGGGAGAAGGGCAAUGACAGGCCUAGACAGCAUCUUGAGAAGUAGAGACAUCACCUUGCCAACAAAGGUUCGUAUAGUUAAAGCUAUGGUUUUCCCAGUAGUGAUGUAUGGAAGUGAGAGCUGGACCAUAAAGAAGGCUGAUCGCUGAAGAAUUGAUGCUUUUGAAUUAUGGUGCUGGAGGAGACUCUUGAGAGUCCCAUGGACUGCAAGAAGAUCAAACCUCUCCAUUCUGAAGGAAAUCAGCCCUGAGUGCUCACUGGAAGGACAGAUCCUGAAGCUGAGGCUCCAGUACUUUGGCCACCUCAUGAGAAGAGAAGACUCCCUGGAGAAGACCCUGAUGUUGGGAAAGAUGGAGGGCACAAGGAGAAGGGGACGACAGAGAACGAGAUGGUUGGAUAGUGUUCUCGAGGUUACCAGCAUGAGUUUGACCAAACUGCGGGAGGCAGUGGAAGACAGGAGUGCCUGGUGUGCUCUGGUCCAUGGGGUCACGAAGAGUCGGACACGACUAAACGACUAAACAACAACAAACAACAACAACACCAAAAAUGCAUUUUAUUAGGGGAAAUUGCUUGUAAAUAAAAUGCACAUGAAGACAAAAAAAUCAUAUGAAGACAAAACUGCAUAUGGAGACAAAAAUGCAUAUGAAGUUUUGUUCACUCAAAAAACAAAACAAAAGCAAACUAUUGUGGGAAUGGGGACAACUGAAUUUAAGAUUGGGAAAAUGACAAAGGGAGAGAAACCCAAACUUGGUUGAUUUGUCCACUCCUAUAACAACAUUUCACUGAGACCAGACGAAUGAAUUAUCUGCCAGAAAAUCUCAUAGCCUUGUGUGUAUGCACCAAAUAAAUAAAAUCCAAAUAAACUACAUGGUGGUCCCAAAG